GGCAACUAAUGGAAUCAAAACAGCACUCUUACGAUAUUCGAUUCAUCUUAUCAGCGAUUGGUACACGUGCCCUCUUCGCGCAAUCAUCUUCCACGUGGCCAUAGAGUCCGCUUUCUUCCGGCCUUGAUACAGUCCCUACUUAAAUCUUCGCGCUCCCAAUCUCAAGAUUCCGCACCAUGGAUUCCUCACGAAAGCGCGCAAGCACCAGCGGUAGCGACGAUAGCAGCAACGAACAAGACCAUCCAGCAAAGCGGCAGCGAUCCACUGACAUCGAAUCCCGCUCUAGUACGCCGCCCGAGGUCUACUCUGACGCGAAGCCUGCUUAUGAAGUUAUAAAUCGUCCCACAGCGGGCGAUCUUGGAAGAGAGGGUCUCAAACGCUCAAUCGCCUUGACGUUGCAAGCAGUAGGCUUUGACUCAGCGAAAAACGAUGCCUUGGAAAACUUCACGGAGCUCGUGGAUACAUACACGAUGAGAUUCAUGAGUGAUCUCCGACGCAUCGCAAAUGGAGCAAGAAGAAAUACUCUGAUUCCUACGGACUUUGAGACGGUUUUACACCAACAAGAUGUCGAGCUAUCAGCUUUGAAGCCACAUCUCAAGCACCCUAUCCCGAAAGAACUUCUCGAGCCAUCUUACUACAAUCCGGUUAUAGAAGACACCGAAUACCUCCAUAAGCCUCGACCGUAUCUAGGCGAGGAGUUGUCCGGUCAAAGAGAGAAGGAGGAGCGCCCUUGGAUUCCAAAGAACUUCCCACCGCCACCACCUCCAUACACUUACAGAUUCACCCCGAUAGAACAAACGCGUGAUAUCUCCAAAGAACAGGCCGAGGCCGAGAUAGCUGCGAAGAAGGGUGAGGUGGCGUUGCGACGAAUCAACCGAGCAGCCAGAAUCAGCCGUCAGAAGGAACUCAAUGCAUUGGCGGAACGCGACUUGCUUAGUAAACAGCGACACCAUACUUGGGAAUCCAUGAUGGGCUCAGUACUGCCCGAAGCUGGAUCAUCGUCGAAAGGUGGACAGGAAAUUGCAGACAAUAGCACGAUUGUCAAUUUCGGCGGCAGGUAUGGUCGCAAGGGUGUGCCGAAGACUGUGCAGAGAACUUAGACUUGACUGGAUGACAUUGGCGUUGCUAGAUCUGCUGGCACUGAUACACAUCAUUGCGGUCCUAAUAAUAGAACACGAGAAUACGAAGACACGAGAGCAUAAUGCCAUCUCGG